CCGUGCUACCGAGAAAUAUUAUCCAAUAGGACCGGUACUACUAGCUCCAUUCCUUCAAUGGCUUCCAAAUCCCUUCCCUAUAUUUUUUCCACUCUCCUUUUCCUUCUCCAACUACAAUUCUCUGCCGGACAAACUGAAGUGAAAGCCGCAUACUGGUAUCCUGGCUCAGGGUUGUCUGUUUCAGGCAUAGAUUCCACACUCUUCACCCAUCUAUUUUGUGCCUUUGCCGAUCUUGACCCAACCACAUACCAAGUUUCCAUUUCUUCCUCAAACUUAGCCGAGUUCUCAACCUUCACCACCACUGUGCAACAGAAAAACCCUUCAGUUCAAACCCUCUUAUCCAUUGGUGGAGCAGGCGCUAGUGCCACAACUUUUGCUGCUAUGGCUAGCGAAGCAAGUACUCGCGCAUCAUUCAUAAAUUCCUCUAUACAACUAGCAAGGUCUUACAACUUUUAUGGCCUUGACCUUGACUGGGAGUACCCUUCUUCAGCUACUGAAUUUACCAACCUUGGUUUACUUCUAGACGAGUGGAGAGCUGCAGUGGCUAGUGAGGCCACAAGCUCUGGCAAUACAACAUUGCUUCUGGUUGCAGCUUUCUAUUACUCUUCAAACCGUAACGGUUUGACUUAUCCAAUUCAGGAUAUAUCGAACAGCUUGGACUGGGUCAAUGUUAUGGCCUAUGACUUUAUUGCACCUGGUUGGUCACCAAAUGUGACUGGACCUCCUGCUGCGUUGUACAAUCCAACAAGCCAAGUUAGCGGAGAUAGUGGCAUCACAGCUUGGAUUCAAGCUGGUGUUUCAGCCGAUAAGUUGGAACUCGGUGUUCCAUUUUUUGGCUAUGCAUGGACUCUAGUAAAUGCUGAUGACAAUGGAAUUCGCACCGGCUAA